AUGACAACUUCGUUGACUUUGUAUUUUAUUACGAGGCUGAAGAAAUUAGUGCUGCUCCUUAUAUUUCAACAGACACACUCUACACAUUCAGCUCAUGUUUUCACAAAAAAACUUGUCAGUUUCAAUCCAAACAGGAUACGAAAUUGGACAAAGGGUGCGAAUAUUUUUUUGAAGAAGUAUGUUAUAAUUCCCGUAUGUACAGGUACACAUUGGAUGUUCGUAAUUGUCAAGAUGAACCAUGGUGAUGGCGUCUCGAUCAUGAUUCUAGACUCAGCAAAUAGGCCUUCUAUUUGUUUCGAACAAAUACAUUGUCCAUCAGUUGACUUUUUAGUUAAAAACUAUCUGCAGGAUGAAUGGGCUGCCAAAGCCAUACACAAAAGAAACAGUAAUUUCUUUGGGGAAGUAAUCUACGCUGAUGUCCCCCAGCAACCAAAUGACACCGACUGUGGUGCCUAUGUCAUGAAAUUCUUCUCAGAGUUUUGA